AUGUCCGGCGUGGUGCGAACCCUGAGCCGCUGCCUGCUGCCGGCCGAGGCCACGGGCCGAGAGCAGCCGAGACGGGAGGGCAAGGAGCGGAGCCGCGAUGCGGAGCGGGAGGCGAGGCGGAGAAGCCGGGAGAUCGACGCGAUGCUGGCCCGGGAACGGAGGGCCGUGAGGCGCCUGGUUAAAAUCCUGCUGCUGGGAGCCGGGGAGAGCGGCAAGUCCACUUUCCUCAAACAGAUGCGGAUCAUCCACGGCAGAGAGUUCGACCAGAAGGCGCUGUUGGAGUUCCGGGCCACCAUCUACGAGAACAUCCUCAAGGGCUGCAGGGUUCUGGUUGAUGCACGGGACAAACUGGGAAUCCCUUGGCAGUACACGGAGAAUGAGAAGCACGGCAUGUUUUUGAUGGCUUUUGAAAACAAAGCUGGGAUGCCCAUCGAGCCUGCCACGUUCCAGCUGUACGUACCUGCGCUGUGCGCCCUGUGGAGGGACUCAGGAAUCAAGGAAGCCUUCAGCCGUCGGAGCGAGUAUCAGCUGGGUGAAUCAGUGAAAUAUUUCCUGGAUAACCUGGAUCGGAUUGGUCAGCUGAAUUAUUUCCCCAGCAAACAAGAUAUUUUGUUGGCUAGAAAAGCUACCAAGGGAAUAGUAGAGCAUGAUUUCAUCAUUAAAAAAAUACCUUUCAAGAUGGUGGAUGUGGGUGGACAGCGAUCUCAGCGUCAAAAGUGGUUCCAGUGCUUUGAUGGAAUAACUUCAAUCUUGUUUAUGGUCUCCUCCAGUGAAUACGAUCAGGUUCUCAUGGAAGACAGACGCACAAACAGGCUUGUGGAGUCCAUGAAUAUCUUUGAGACAAUAGUCAACAACAAGCUUUUCUUUAACGUUUCUAUUAUCCUGUUCCUCAACAAGAUGGAUCUCCUUGUGGAAAAGGUAAAGACUGUCAGCAUUAAGAAGUAUUUCUCGGACUUCAAGGGUGACCCUCACAGGCUAGAUGAUGUUCAACAUUAUCUGGUGCAGUGCUUUGACAGAAAGAGGAGAAACCGUAGCAAGCCGCUCUUCCAUCACUUCACCACUGCCAUAGACACUGAAAACAUCCGUUUUGUGUUUCAUGCUGUGAAGGACACCAUCCUUCAAGAGAAUCUGAAGGAUAUUAUGUUGCAGUGAAGGAGAGAAGUCCAUGUCCUGUUAAAAUUUGCUGGAGGGUUAGAUUAAAAUGUUUAUCCUUUCUUUAUGGCCCUUGCAUGUGGUGUAGGACCCAUGCUACUUACUUGGCUCAGGAAUGCUGUAAACAAGCCAGUCAAAACAGAGGAGCUAUAGGCCGAAGGAGUCAAAUGUUGAUGUUAGCUACUGAAUCAUUUGGACUAGAAACACUACUGAAACAUGGCUGUUGUAGGUUCUGUACCUAGUUUGGAAUGCUGAACCAACCACCUUCUGCCUUCUUAGAAAACAAAAAAAAAAUCUGACAAACCAUAUAUGAAAGACACUUUGUUUUAAAUGGAAAUACUUAUUUUUCAGAGACACUAGUCGUACGAUCUGCCUUUUUUUGUAUUUUGGAGGUGCUGAAUUGAUCAAACUAACCUAAAUGUAAUGAGAUUGGUAGCUGUAUUUGAGAAUGUUAAUGGAACUUGCAUUCUUAACAUUAGGAGUGUAACCAGGUCUGGCGUGCAGUUUAGUUUUGCCACAGAACUGGAAUCUACUAAUUAAGGUGGAUGCACAGCUCUUGUCUGAAGGUUUUGCAUGAGUCUCCUGAAGCUUAAGUUCAAAACUGUUCAAGGAAACCCAUGUUGGAGUAAAUUGGAUGAAAAGUUAAGGCCUUGCUUGAGAAGGGCUUAUUUUGCACUACAUGUAAAAGGUAUUAUUACAUCAUGGGGAAUCUGAUUUCCUUGGUGAAGCAGCCUGUGCUGGAGCACCUGACCCUGUAUGUGCACAGCGGGUGCUUGAGUGAGAUGUACUCCAUGGAAAUCCAGCACUGUCCUCACACCUGCAGCUUGGCAGUAAUUGUGAAGGUUCAGGAUCACGUGACAGGGCUUCAUCUAUGUUUGAAAGCUGAUUAAACUCUUAUGCAAAGGUUUUGGUAGUACAGCAACUGUUUGAUUAGUUGCCAUCAGCUGACUGUAUAGGAAGACCGAACACCCUAGAGAUCCCAGUUUUACAGCUGCACUGAUACGUUUGGACAGCAACACCUUGCUGUCAAAUUAGCCCUUAAUCUGUGUCUUAAUGGGAUCUUUAGCCAGUAGUAAUGCAUGCGUAAUUCUGAGUACAGUCAAGGUUGGAGUUGCCCCAUUUGGGCAAUGGUUUGUGUAUAUUCGAGAGGCUAUGAAAAAUGUUGAUAUGAACUGUUAAUUUCUUAGCUCUCAAUCUGUGUAACUAUCAGGUGCCUUUUCUGUGUACAGACAUAUCAGAUCUUUUCUAUUACAGUGGGGUAUGUGAACAACCUUACGACCUGCCUUUUUAUCAGAGCACUGUAGUGCUAUUCUUUAGGUAACUUUCAGACGUAGUUUACUGUGCAAUUUUUGUCAUAGCUUUUAUCUGAGAAUAAAACCUGAAGGGCUGUUUGUACCCACACAAAGGCAGCAGAUUCCCUGGAGUUCUUUUCCCCACUGAGACUGCAGUGGCAUGUCAAAACAAGCAGCGUUUUCCUUCAGCUGGUGAUCCCAUGGGAAAUGCGGUCUAAAACACAUGAAAGGACAACGGAACAGGAUUUUAAUUCGGAUAAAAUCUGGAAUCUUUCUUCCCCUCUGAAGCCUGCAGAUGUUCGUAUCAGUGUGUUUGUGUGGUUUCCUACUGUAGCAAUCAUUGGGUUUUCUUUGUGCAGCUUCAGAGUGGAAGAGACGUGGCUGUGGGUGUUACAUAACGCAGGACUGAGGUAAGAAGCAGUGAAAAGUUGCAGGCAGGAAAAUCCAGGCAGCAAACUUAAGCAGGAGUUAGCUUUCUUGUAACGAGUCUUAUUUUUGCCAGGACCAAGUCUGUCUUAUAGGUGUGUAUUCAAUUUUAUCCUCGAAGGGGAAAAAAAAGGUCAUGUGUCAAAUAUUCAGAAGAAAGAAACUCUUAAGCUUAUUACAUUUUGAUUUUACAACCCUGGCAAUGCAAGUAAGUUCACUUAUUGUGUAAGGUUCAUUUCUGUAAGCUAGUCCAUUUGUUAGCUGGGAAGUGAGAUUGUUCCAACUUUUUCAGGCUUUUCUUGGAGUUCCUGAUGGUAGCUUCCACUUCACACAAGGCACUGGAAAAGAGGAGGCAGUUGUGGGCUGACCAACUUCUAGUUUGACUUGAUUUUAUUUCCUAGUUUGCUGUGACUUCAUUCUUUCACUGCAUUUUCUAACAGACUAAUAUUGUGCUUGUUUUCAAAUCAGUUAAGCCUUUCAACUCUAUUUUUUUUUUUCCUCAAUAAUUACCUCAGCUUAAAGUCUCAAUCUACUGUAGCUUUACCUGGGAGGUGUAGCAUGGAAUUUCCUGUUCUGUUUUUUCUCUUCAUUGUCAUCUAUGGCUUUAAAACUCUAAGCAGAGCUAAUAAUGCAACAUACAUUUUAAUUAAUAUGAUCUGCACCUGGAAAUGAAGCAGAAUGAGUUAUCUCAUACUGAGCUCUCAAUCUUGCUAGUGUUUGGGGUUUCUUGCAUGUUGUAGCAGUUUUGCACAAUAAGCCCAAGAUUUAGGGAAGCAGGUUGUUCCCCUUGUGCCCAUCGUUGCCUUUCCUCUGUCUGGUGAUAAAAUGAGCCUAGGCACGAUGCUCUAAGCUGCAGGAAAAAAAAAAAAGAAGAGUUUGGCUCUAUAGGGUGUUUUCUGUGUAACUUUGAUAGGGUUGGUUCAUAUCAGCAACCCAAGGUUGGGAGGAUGCUGGUGGGAAGUGAAGCACUUCACAGAUCUGCAGAGGAUUUGGACUGUGAUUGAAAAGGAUUAUUUUUCAGGUGGCAGGUAAAUGUCUUUCUCUGCUAAAUUCUGACUCUACUUCUUGCACAACUGAAGCAUUUUGUUUGUUUGUUUGUUCUCCCAAACUAAGUUGCAGUAUAAUAAAGCCCAAAAGCCAUGUUAUGGUAAAUCCGUUGGUUAUUAAAGCAGAACUUGGGUGACUUAGGUGGUACAAACAUCUCAGGACAGGCUUGGUCAGUUGCUUGGUCCUUUUGCAAGAGACAAAAAAUUGAGUGACGUGGUGGAGAAAUGCUGCAGGUAAACACAGCUGGGGAGAACAUCUUUUCUGUUGUUAACUUUAUGAGGUUAUUGUUCAUUUGCUGGUCAGGAAAUAGGGCACAGGCAGGAUUGUAAUCAGAUGGGGACUUUGAACAACUCCUUAGAGGGAGGGGAAAAAAAAAAAAAGGUAUUUUGUUGUUCCUCCUCUGAUAUUGCAGGUCAGUGACCGGUGGUGGGGUGGUGCAAAUGGGCUUCUCUUCCAAGGACAAAGAGAGGAAGCACUUGCAUGUGCAUGCAGGAGAGGCUUAUGUAAUCUUGCAGUUCUAAGUACAGAAACUAAUUAAAUGGGAGUCUUUCAUCAAACUCUUCUUUGUAUUUAGUUUUGAGCUAAUGUAGUGCAUCAGUCAGUAUAAUUCCUUCAAUUGUAGUGCUGUCAUUUUCUGAACAGUUCUUAGAUGGCAAUGCCAGACAGCAUAGUCAAUUGGAAUGACAUAUUUGAUAGGCAGUUAUCACUUCAAAGCGGUUAAAUAUUUCCUAAUCUUGAUUCUGAAGCUGAAAUUACUGGCCACUCAGCUUCAUGCUGCAUCUCAAAGAUCCUUCAGUUUUAAAUGAAGAACGUAUCUUGCUCUAUUCAAUACAGCAGCAUAGAUUAUUUGAUGUGGUAAUAGUUGAAAAUGGGAUAUAUUGCUGAGCCAGACCCAGAGCUAAUCACGUUACAAGCAUGAAGUUGUUCCUGAAGGUGUUCACUUGUAUUUUCUGAGCUGACUGAAGCCAGAACCUCAGCCAGGCAGAGUGGAGGAAUGUGCACUAAUUCAGAACCAAACAAAAACGCUCCUGUAGUGAAGUGGAGCAGGAAGAACUCAUCCGUCUGUGGCACUGCAGGCUCGAAUUUUAUUCCACCAGGGCAGCUGAAAUAGGUUUGGGUACAGAAAACUGUCCGUUCAAAAUGCUCCCCACCCUAAGAUGCUCAGUACUGCUGGUAGUGUCACCUGUAAAGACUUACAGAAUUAAAGGAAUAGUCAAGUGACAAACUAUUCUACACAGAAUGUCGCUUGAGUAAGUACAUCCUUUGCCUUCUUUAGGCAGAUUUCUGGAUAUUAACUUCAUGUUUUGCGUUUUUUUCUCUCUACCUUUUCAGUUUUCCUGAAGCCAAAACUACGGGAAUUUUGUAAGAGACCCCUUCAGUUUUCAGGUAGUGAGUCUGAACACCUGACUUAGCUUUGCAUGUGCUAUCAAAUGCUUUUGGGGUUGAUAGACAACUUGAUCCGUGCCAGCUUGAGACAAAAAUAAGAUAUGCAGUGUAAUUCCCUGUAGCUUGAAAUGUAAGCCAAACACUGACUUCCCAUCAUUAGACCUAUAGUGGCUCCUGCAGCUUCAGUAGUAGCCUGUUUUCCAGAUAAUUUUUCUAGUAUAAAGACACACGAUGUAGUCAGGGGUUUUAAUACAGCACUGCCAACUCUUUCCCUCGGUACACUCUUUGUUAAUUCUGUAACACAGGAAGCAGUGAGUAGGGUGCUUCAGCAGCGUCCUUAAAACAUACCUAUGCCUACUUUAGUAAAUGAUGCACAUGAAGCAUCGGUUAUGGGGCAGCAAUCUCAGGCUGGCAUUGUCUGGGCCACAUUUGGGCUGAGUUAGUCCCACCUCCAUGCAUUUCUAGGUGAGGACUGUGUAGUACUGAGGAAGUAAUUGGCAAGGCAAUACGAAACCUUGUGCUUUUUACUAUUACUUAUUUUGUGAUUAGCUGGAGUGAUCUCUGCUUUGUGCUGUGAAGUGGGCGCUUCUUUGUUUUGACACUGAUUUAUUGACAUGGAUGGAAAUGAGCUACUUGGAGCUGAAACUGCUGUCCUCCUAACCAGGUGAUGCUCUCCUUGCUCGUCUUGGUGGUUGGGCAGUUUAUCUUAGUUCUUUAAAUUUUUGUCUUUCUAACUGCGUUUGGAAAGCAGUGUUGAAAUGUCUGUGUUGACAUGCUUGUCUUCUUAUUGGGUGGGGAGUAUGGAGGUACUAGAUUGUCAGUGCUAGUGCUUCUGUGCCUGGCUUGGCAAACAGGAUGACAACCUAGCUCUUGGCUUAUGUCCCAAGGUCAUAUCUUGUGUCUGAUGUGAAAAUGAUCACGGUCAGAGGGAGAAAGAGCAGCACUGACUUCCAAGGAAGGCAUUCUGGUAAAAAGCCAAAGUAUGUUGGAAGGGAGCAGGAGAGGGGAGCUAUUUCCUACACAGAUGUCAAAAGUUGAUGGCGCCUGAAGACUGAGUGUAUUGGGAAGAAAUGCCAUCUGUAUUGACCUCAAAAGCUUUGAGUGGCUCCAGAGAGCUAUUGGUUGUGAAUGAAGGGCAGCAGGCUGGUGAGGCUGGCCCUGCUGCUGCUGAACGCCCCUCCAUUGUAAAUCUCUUCAUCUGUUCCUAACUGGGUGCUAAAACUCAAUUCCAGAUAAAAUACGAUCUGCAGAUCUCUGGGCAGCGAGUGCAUCUCACUCUUUGCUAACAGCUUCUUCACCUUUCUUCAAGAUACUGGAGCAGAAGUAUUUCAGGGGAAUGGCUAGAUGAGAUACUGUUUCCAUUAUUGGAGUAAAAUGCACAACUGAUGGAAAGGCAAAUUUUUGCAUAAGGAGGAUCAAAGGAAGAGGUUCCUACAAGGGAAGGAAGAGAUUUUUGAAUAGUCCUGCUUUUCUCUGCUCCUGCCCCUUGUCAGCCUUUUGUGCAGAGCUUGUGUGAGGUGGGCAGGCACAGCAGCUGGGGGAAGCCAGCAGGGAGGAGGGGGAUGUGGAAGGAGAAUGAUUUUUGGUAGUUCACAAGAUUUGGAAAGCGUGCUCAAUGGAUUGAGGUUUGAAAACACGUUCAAACUCCCGCUCACGCUGAAGCCAUUAACAGUCUUUAGGAUAAUGGGUGUUUUUCUGGUGUACAGGUUAUGUUGUCUGGGAUGUGAAAUGAGCUUGAAUUGAUGAUAAAUGUUGAGCAGUAUUUUUGGAGAUGCUGCUUAACAAAAAUGCUAGUAUUUAUUGCUCUUGUGAUGAGUUGUCUUGUUCAUGGAACCAAUAUGUAUGAAAGCAAACUGACAAGCACCAAGUUAUCUUGUGACACAAUCACGUAGCUAGGAAGCCAAUUAACAUUACCUUUUAUUCUGCAAUUUACUUGCUCUGUGGUGCCUAUGCAUUGUAACACACAUACUAUGCAAUAUCAUUCUUUUUCUAAACCAGUUCACUACAUUGGGCAAGAAGGGCCUGAGUUUAGCCUUAAUUUUCUAACAGUUCACAGGAAAGUACUUUAGAAACAGUGACAAACAAAACGAGGUUUAAAAAAUAAACCACACGAAAUAAAAGCACAGUUCCAGACUGCUCACGUAAGUGUCUUUCUAGCACCAAAACAGCAUCCACAAUAGAGACAGCUACUUGCUGUAAUAGUUUCAACUUAUGAAAACUGUGUACUAGAUAAAAUUAUAUUGUGAUGUGUAAAAAGUGUAUUUUAUAGCUUUGGUGACUUAGUUUACUGUUUUGUAUAUAUGAAUUUUAUAAAUCUAUUAAAACUUGACUUGUUAUACUGUUCUUUAUGGGUUUAAUCUUUCAAGAGAGUCUGGAGUGACUUUUGCUGUGAAAAGAUUUCUGCAAGAAAGCUGCUUUUUUUUUUUUUUAAUAACAAAUACAGCAUGGAGUGCAUGAAACAACAGCUGUCAUGCAAUAAAACCUUCUUCUGUAAUCUGUGUACAUCUCCCA